GAACGAAGGACAAGCGGGAGCAGCGGCACAGACUUUGCAUUUCAUUUCUACCGAAUUUUCGUUAGCGCGAACUGUGAGCCGAACGGGCACAGGUCGUGAGGCAUGAGGGCCUGGUUGCUAUGGUUAUUUCUUCUGUUGGUCGUCUUAGUCGAUAGAAGCUUCGCUAAUCCUUACUUCGAUGAUGGUGAAGAUGUAGACGAUUUUCAAGCUGAUGACUCCUCGGAUUAUACAGACACUUUGGAAAAUCUGAUGCGAGUGGCACAAAAACGUACCUCGUCGAUAAACUUGUUUAGGCGGGCUUGCAUAAGGCGUGGCGGCGAUUGUUACCACCGACGGAAGGACUGUUGCUACAGCUCUAGCUGCCGCUGCAAUCUCUGGGGUUCUAAUUGCAAGUGUCAACGGAUGGGUCUCUUUCAGAAGUGGGGCUAAACGAUAUCCUCCCUUUUUCUCCUUUUACUAUAAAUCUAAUUUCUACAUUCACGCGUCUUGUUUCUUACAUAUUUUCUUUUCUUUUCUAUUUGCUCUUCCAUCCAAUCCCCUUGAAAGUCUAUCCCGAUGAUGAUAUCCCUGAGUGUCCUUAAGUAUUUGAACGAUUCUCCCAUAUAACUUAACUCACUCGAUGUAUGUGUCUCGUGGGAAUUCCACAAGGAUUUCAACGUUUUUAAGUUUUGUGAUUUGCAUUCUUGAUUAAAACGAAGGCCUCGAUAAUACGCUUUGACAUCUUUCUUUCGUGUGUUUGUUAGACUCUUUAGAGAGAGAGAGAGAGAGAGAGAGAGAGAGAGAGAGAGAGAGAGAGAAAUGAAUGAUUCUUCAAGCUUGUGAUAGCAUAAUUGGCAAUCAGCUUGCAAAAUAUUACUCGCUCGGAAACUAUUUACAUUCUUCUACAAUAUCUAUAGAUCCAGUUUCCCAAUGCAGUUUCCCAAUGCAGUUUAUGAUAUGCAUACCUCUCUCACGAUAUUCGAUGCUCGGGAUCAACUGUGUUGACUAAUCGACAUGCUUAACGAUCUUCCUUCUCUUUCUAAAUCGUAGACCUCUCUAAUUACAAUGUAGGUAAUGCGAAAAUUAUAAUUAAUUCAUAUUGAUCAACUUUAAUGCAAUUUUAUCAAAAGUUACAUCUAUAUAUGUGCGCGCGCAUAUACGUACACAAAAAUUUAUUAAACACAACGUUAUUUUUUGUCCGAUAUUACAUUUAUUUGUAUAUUUUAAAUAUAUCUUAUUUUUCUUAA